UGAGAACAGGAACCUAUUGAUCACAUAUAAAGACAAAUUGAUUGUCCACCGAUGCGAGACAGCCGUCGGCCUGUUAAGCCGGGCCAGCAUCUACAGCGUCAAACUACAACGCACAUGUUUAAGCAGUCAGCUUUGACGAACUGCCAAGAACCUCAUGAAUAUUGAUUAACUCGGUUAAACUGUGAUAGAAAACAAGAUGGAUGGAUGACAGACCUAUCACGAUCUUGUAAACAAGAGCAGUUAUCUCCCCCUGCAUGUGUUCCUAUUCCGGAUAGGUAUUCCUAUUCAUGAGAUGCAGAUAAAGGUUUGACUGGUGCAUUCCGGCAAUACUCUCGUUGUGGUGAAACUUUGGUCAGGGGAAAUGAACUGUGAAAGCCAGAAGUUUUUGAACACCAGGAUUGAGUAAGACAAACGAGGUGCGGCCAUGUAUCAACCAGAAUACAGUCACGGCAUCCAAGCGUACGACAGUAACACGGUGACUGACAAGAAAAUGUUUAACGGUAGUUUCAGAAACGGAAUAGUAGUUCCGCCUAGUGAGUCAGGAACUGGAGGUGGUCGGAUGGGGCAGCUCGAGACACAGAUGGCACAAGAGCAGUGGGCCAGGAUGGAGGCGGAAAACAGAGUUGUCUCCCUCGAGAAUGAACUUGCACUGGUGAAACUGAAGGAAAGAGAAUACAGAGAUACUAUCUCUCAGCUUGAGUAUGAACUGAAUGAGGUACGGUGUGGGCGGACGUCGAGGUUGAACAGUGUCGCAGAGGCUCCUGUCCUGCCACCACCGCCAGAGUUCAGGACCAAAUCCAAGAGCUGCAGUCAACUACUAGCAGUUGACUACGCGGCUACAACCUUCCCGUCAACGUCAUUGUCCGUUGGAGACAUCGACUCAGACACAGAGCAGGACGAUGACGUGUUCGGCAACUCCAGCAGGGCCGGUCACGUGGAUGCCGGAUUCGGUGAACUGUCACCAAAAGAAAUGCCUGUCGCGAGAUAUCGCGAGACCGAACAACAGAGGGAUAAACUGGCAAAUAUGUUGGCCAAAGAGAUCUGCAGCUACAGGGAAGACAUCGUUCUGGCCAACAAGACGAUCUCGGAUGUGAACAAAAGGAUUCAACACUUUAACGAAAUCAGCUCGCAGUGCCCUCUGCGUGACACAAAAGACAAAUCACUGCCUUCACACAUCCGGGGAUUUUGCUGUAACCUACAACCUUUCCUUGAUGACCGAGUGUGGGAGUUCUCGCAGUGCCUCGUGCCCAACCAUGAGACGCUCACACGACUACGGGAAGACCUGGAUUUCUAUGAAGACUUCAGCGGUUUGUUCUGGUCGGUCAUCAGUGAGUGGAACAGCAACACCGUGGACGGCAGACGCUCCACCAUGUUGGGACAACUCGUGCAGGCGUGUGUAGAUUGCCAGCUGCACAACCCUCUAGGAGUGGAGGUGCUGCCGACUGCAGACCGGGCUAUAGUGGAGGCAAGCUAUCCGAUCCUGGUGGAGCACCUGCUGGUGUCUCUAGUUCUCAUCUACCUGCGGGACUCAGGCCUCCUGUCAUCAACAGUCGUCCACUACAUCUUGGACACGAAGUCCGUCUCCGACCAGGUGCUCAGGCUCCUCGACCUACUGCCCAUAUUUGGGCCAACUGCUGUUGACAUCCUCAUCCGGGCACUCAGGAGGUCUGACCAAGGUCACAUUGCUGAAGUCAUAACCAGAGGGCACCCAGGGCGUUUUCAAGACACUCCGGACAGUCCGCCUCCACAACCACGUCGUGUGACACAGAAGACGCCGGCGUUGAGGUCACCACGGGUAGAGAUGUCAAUCAAAAUGUUCCCGCAACAAACAAUUGAGACUAAAUCAAAGAAGAAUUUUUUUAGGAGACCAAAGUGGCUAUUCAGAUCCGGCAAGUAUCAGUUCAACAAAAACUAGGGGAUCAAUGACGUUUAUUGUGAUAGAACAGUUACAGUAUUGUUUAAAACUGACCAAGGUUUCUCCAGCCAUCUCUGUUUCAUUUGGAAGUCAGUGACUUCGCCACCCCACCUGGAACACUCAGUAGAGGGCAGUCUGACAGUUUACAUAACAAUGAAUAUUAACGGGAUCAAUAAAAUAU